GCAACGGACGUUACACGAUCCGUAUUCCAUUCAUCUUUGAUUUGUUGGAUUUAUAAAGGAAAUCAGACCAGAAUAGUAGUGAUGCAGCAACAGUUCCAGCACUUUCAUCAUCAUCAUCAUCAGCAUCCCCAGCAUCAGCCAAUCCAGCAGGUACAUUCAGACUCUCAGUUGGAGCACAGGACCUCACCAGACGUGGAGCGGAAUCGGGACCGGGACAGGCAACAAAAUCGCUCCUCGAUGGACUUUCGUAAUCUGUGCCAGCGAUUGGACGUGGAUAGCUUGAGAGCCAAGCUACCAUCUCUGCCGCAAAUAAAGUUGCCCAAGGCCUUGCCCAAGUUGCGAGGCCGCAAGAUAUUCCGCAGCUCCAAGUCAGGUUCGACCAGAGCCAAUGCUGGCUCCACCAAGGACAGGGGCUACUCGGGACCACCUCAACAGCAGCAGCAGCAGUAUCAGUCGCAGCUGCAGGUGGCCGCCACAUCCCAGCAGUUCAUCAACCGGACACCCCAAAGGAUCUCCACGAUUAGUUCGCUGAUGUACGAGGGUGGUGGCGGGGAGGCGUCUAGGGAUGACAUCCGGAGAUCAGAGUCGCAGCCGGGCACGUACCGCAGUGCCGGCAGUCUGGACGAUGACUACUAUGCUCCGGGCAGCGGGGAACGGGCCUCCCGUCCCAUCAGUCCCAUUAAGAUUCCCUCCGGAGGCGAGGAGGCAGCAGGAUCGUCUCACCCACCCACUCUGACCCAGAGGAUCCAGAGGGGCUACAAGAGUCUCAGCGAGCUGCGGCUGAAGCACAUCUUUGCCAAGCAGACCACCGUGCGGCGGGACAACAUCGAGGUGGAUCGCUAUGUGGAGCAGUAUGAGCGGGAGCUGAAGUCCGAGAAGCGAGCGAGGGAGCGCCGGGAUCGGGAGAUCGCCGAGAACUACGACAUCCAGAUCAAGACCCUGGCGGGCACUCGGCAGAACACCUUCGAGGAGGACGAGGUGGAGCACGAGCAGUUCGAGAGGAACAAGGGACACCACCACCACCACCAGGACACGGACGAGAGUGGGCUGGAGGCCACUCCACCGCUGCCAAGUCGUCGCAAGCCCGGCAUAGCAGCCACUCGGUUCGCCAAGGUCCGCAAGCCGCCUCUCGAGAUGGAGGCUUCCGGAGACCAAGAGCCAGAUCCGGACCAAGAUCGGGAGGUCAAGACAUCGCCUCCCAAGGAGAACCAGCCUCCACCACGUUCCAGCAGCUACAAGCAGCUGCUGAGCAAGCUCCCCCACCUGCCCAGUCUGCCCAAUCUCCCCCAGCUCUCCAGGCCCAAGCCCGAGAAGGAGGCCAAGCCGGAAGCCACAACCAAGUCGGGUCUGAGGCAGAAUAUCAAGAGGAUACGAAAGUCCAUCAAGCGGCCGGCCAAGCUGAAGCCCAAAGUCCCUGCCAGCCAGGACACCGACGACGAGGAGGAGUCGGAGGAGAAGAAGGAUGCCAACAAGGACUCCAACAAGGCCCCCACAUCCUCCACAAAUCUGAGAGCUCGCCUGGGGAGAUUCGCUUCCACGGAGCAGCUGCAGCAGCGCUGGCGAAAGAGCUUCAAGCGAACCAAGGACGAGACCCCCAAGGAGGAGACUGCUGCCGUGGCGGGCGGUGUCCUGGGGGGCUUCCUGCUGGGCAGCCAGCUGGAGAAGACCCUCGGGAAGCUCAACGAUAAGAUGCACCAGAUCAAGUUUUAGAGGCAGGGACAGGCAGCCAAGGAGCCGAAACCCAACACCGUGGGCCAUGAGCCCGUGGAGCUGGACGACGACAACGAACUGGAGGCCACCUAUCACCACAGCGAUAGCGAUGACAGCGGCGAGGAUGUCUCCGCUGACGAGGCGUUUGGCGAAGUCCAGGAGAGGGAAAGGGAGAAGGAUUCGGCCGCGAAGGAGCAGGCUGAGGAUCAGGCAUCCCUACCGGCAGCUAAGGCCUCCCACGCUUCUCGCCAGAUGGCGAAGCUGGCGGAGAUUCAGGCGGCGUCAAAGGGCGGGGCUGGAACGACGGCCUGGAGCAGCGAGUCCCUUGAGGAGAUAGCCGACGAGGACUACCCCCGGGUCCUCAUCCACCAGGAGCACUCGGACAACUUUGAAUCCACGCUGAUCAUAGCCGUGGCCACCAAGAAUCCCACGCCCUCGCCCCAGCAGCCUGCCCCCCCGAAGGCCAGUCCCUGGCUGCCCAACGACCAGAUCAUCGCCGGCUUCAAGCAGGAGGCGGCCUGGCCAGCUCCGGCCCUGUACAAGCCCAAGAGCAUAGACAUCUUCGAGGCCUCCGGCGGAGGCACUGCCUUCGCCGACUUUGACGAGGCCCUCCGGAAUGCUCCGGUAUUGAGGAUCAGUGCCGGGAGCAUAGCCUCCAGCAUUGAGGAGAAGGACGAGGGCCACACCCGGGUGACCAGGAUACGCGUCCAGAGUCCUCAGAUCGGCAACAGUCGUGAGAGUCUCAUGGCCCAAGACGAGGAGGAGGAAGAGGAGGAGCCUGAGGAGGAUGAGGAUGACGAGGAGGAGGAUCUGGAAAUGGAACUUCCUGUGGAGGCUAUUGACCUGGACGACUCGCUCUCGGAGCGUCCUCCCUCGGCCUCGCCACCGCCUCCACCGCUGCCCCAAAGGAGGCCGCCGCCCAUCCCCAAGGCCAUCGAGAACACACCGAUAUACGAUGCAGUGCCUCCACCACUACCGAUAACCAAGCCGCCCGAGAACGUGGCCAAGACAGAGCCCAUUCCUAACCCCAACCCCCAACCGGCCGCGGCUAGGGUCUCGCUGCCCCAGAGAAGCGCCUCCAUGUCGAGGCCGGCCAAGCCCCUCGUGAAGACCAGCUCCCUGCGGCUCACCUACAACGAGCAGGUCCGACCCGGCGACAUCGGGAAGGUGAACAAGCUGAUAUCCCGGUUCGAGGGCGGUCGGCCGCGCCUCUGCCCCCGCCGGAUGCACAGCGAGGAGUACGAGCGGGCCUGCGACGAGGAGGAAGAGGUCCUCCAGGAGGUCCUGCUCCAGAAAGUGCGAGCUAUCGAUUCCGUAACGCCCACCAAUCGGAACGUGGUCGUCAUACCACAGAUCACCCUCAACAACAACACCGAACGGGAGCCGGAGAAGCCCAAGGAGAAGGUGACCACUGCGGAUCCGAGUCUGGAUCGUCAGAACUCGAACUGCAGUCGAUCGGAGUACGGUUCUCCACUGGCCUUUCCCAGCAAUCGACGCAGCUCCACGCCCACCAACAACAACAACAACAAUAAUCCAACUAUAAUGCCCUCUAAUCCCAAUCCAAAUCCGAUAACUAUUCAGCAUCAAAGACGCAGCCGACGCUCCAUGACCCGCGACGAUGACAACUUUUAUAGUUUCGAUAGCGACGAAGAGAACAGCUACUACUCCAUAAGUCCCUCGGGAAGCAGUCGCUAUGUGGUGGAGAUUUAAUCGAAUCAUAGUAUUAGAUCGAUAUUUAAGUAAAAAAGUUAUCGAUUAAUGGUGUUUUUUUUUUUCUUCUAGCCUAAGUCCUUGAUUAUUUGAAUAAAGUACAACUUGUAAAACGACA